AUGGCUACCGUAAUGCCAGCACCUAAUUCUCCGCCCGAGCUGUCCGGCUCCAAGUCCUCGAAGUCAUCCUCCUUUCAUUCAUCGCAUAUUGACGGACCCGAAAGCCUCUUCAAUGAUGUCUCCAACUUCGAAGAAAUCGGUCUGAGUGACGAUGCAGAUUUCUCUAUGUCAGUGCGGUCGCCCGCCGCUAAAUUACCCAUUAAGAACCCUACGGCCACAACACGCGAUCUGACUGCGACAAAGACGAGGCAACGAAUCUCUCUGCCUCCAAAAAACAAAAACUUCCAUGGAGGUUUUCGCCCCUCGCAGCCUUCGAGCUCCCUUUCCGCAAGAUCUCCGCAUCGGAGAGACACAGUUAACGGUCAAACGGGUGGCCUGAGCCCUUUACAACCGUCUCGUCGGUCCCGAUCAACAUCGCCACUACGGCCAACUUCAAGCCAGUCUAAUGCUAGUAGCUCUAGUCUAGCUCUGUCGCCUCUGUCCUCCCGCGGGUCAAAUAAUAAGCAGACAUGGCAACCGAAUCGCAAGACUGUGAAGGAAUUGGAAGACGAGUACCAUGACUCCGACGAUGAUCUACCCGACGAUGCCAGUCUAUGGAACAUUCCUAUUUCCCCACGCCCUGUUCAAGAACGUGCUCCAUCACGUAGCGCGAGUCCGAAUGGCCGCAGUCCUGGUCGACGACCAUUGCCAAUCGAGCAUGUUACUGUAUCGCCAGUCCCAUCAACAUCCAACGCAUCCAGAGCCGCCCGCAUGAAGCGCAAUACGCAGCGCUCGAGUUCCGCUGGGCCGGAACGGGGUCAAAUAUCACCGCGUAACCCCCGCACUUAUUCCUAUAAUAGUUUCCUUUCGGACCUUUCCGAAGAGGCAAAGAUCAUCACUGAGGCCCUUGAAUUCCAUGCAGACGAUAGUGAGCGCAAACUCGAGGAUGCAGUCCAAAAUGGCACCUCCAAUUCUCCACGGGAGUUGCAAGAAAACAUCCAGUUGCCGCCGUUGCAAAAAUCGAACAUUAUGAUUGACCCGUUGCCAUGUAGCAAGGAGAAGGAGAAGGUACUCACGCGGACCCGCCCUAGUUGGCUGCCACCCAAGGACCAGAGCGAAGAGAGGAAGCACUUGAGGCAGUAUAAACAGAUGAUGGAGCAGUCUCGUGAAGCUGAGAAACGCAAAGCUGCCCGCGCAGCAUCCGAACAAUGCGCGAAGGACACUACACGGGCAGCCCUCCAAAACAUUUGGGACGACGUCAUUAGUCCAAAUUGGGACCGCGCCAUGCGCCAACCUCGUACCCGAGAACUCUGGUGGCGUGGUAUCCCUGCCCGCAGCCGAGGAUCUACGUGGGCGCGUGCCAUAGGCAACGAACUUGAACUCACUGACGAGACAUUCACGAAAGCGUUACAGCGGGCUAAGCAGCUUCGGUCGAAGACUGACGCGGAAUCUGAAAGUAAUAAGCGAAUGCUUGAAUGCUUCGAUGCAAUUGAUGUAGAUGCGGAGCAUGCAUUCCCAGACUUGAACCUUUUUGGGAAGGGUGGUCCAUUGAGGGACAUUCUGAUUGAUGUUUUGCAAGCCUAUUCGAUGUACCGCAGUGAUGUGGGCUACGUUCACGGUCUUCACACUAUUGCGGCUCUUCUCGUGCUCCAGUUCCCUACUCCCAGUUCGGCUUUCCUUGCCAUGGCUAAUGUCCUCAAUCGGCCCCUUCCAGUCGCCUUCCUCACUUGGGAUCGCGGGGCUAUGGCUCGGACAUAUUCCUUGGCAUCUGAUACCUUACGUUAUAAGUUCGGUCGCUUAGCAGACCAUCUUCAGCAGACGCUCCUUUUGUCAGAUGAAGAAAUUUGGGAACCUAUCUUCCAGUCCCUCCUCACGAACGGCCUCGAUCUUGAGCGCGUGUCUCGCGUGUGGGAUUGCUGGGUAUUUGAAGGUGACCGUAUCAUGAUCCGCGCCGCCGUCGCAGUUCUCGGUUGUCUCCAAGUCCAGCUGUUAUCCUUCAGCCAACCAGAUGACGAAUCUCGUAAAGCUGUGUGCCAAAUACUAGGCUGGGGUCCUCGCCAUAUGGGCGUCAACACUCAGAAGCCCAAAGACCGCCACAGUGCUCCCGCAGCUACUGGCUUCUCAGGCCAAGUCUCAAGUGCCGGAGUGGCUGAUUACUGGAUCCUGACCGCUGCAGGCAACGAGGAUGGGUUCAUGGCCGCCGUACGAGAAGCCGGAAAGGCUCGGGUCCAAUAA